GAGGGAAUCGCCGGUGAGACGACGACUGCGUGCUGCUCGCCGCAUCGUGUGUCAGAGAAGUACGUUUUCGAUUCUUGGGGAGGCAAGAAUCUCAGCGUCUGUUUGAGUCCCCGACCUCAAGGCGGGGAAAAGCCUCCGACGUGAUCCCUGGAACAGAAGCUCGACCUCGCGCUUGGCAGGGACCGGAAUUUCGAGAUGCUGAAGCAGUUAUCCGGGAUCUCCAGACAAGUUGGAGCCUUCUCGAGGCUCGACCCCGCACUGGUGCCAUCGAGGAGCGUCGCUUCCCAAGCGACUGAGUCCGUAGAAGAAUCAGUGCGAGAAGAGACAGAGAAGAAGCCGAAGAAAGCAUUGUCGCGAAGGAGAGCGGAAUACGAAUCGCCGCGGCGAGACCUCCUAUUCGGCAUACAUCCAGUGGAACUCGCCCUCGCCGAGAAGCGGCGCAAAUUCUACAAACUCUUCUUGAAACCGAACCGGGGCUUGUAUCGUAACGAUAAACUUGAAUCGAUACACGAAUGGGCCGAGAAUUUGCGAAUCCCGAUUCGUUUCAAAUGCGUCCAGGAGUUGUCGAGUCUUACGAGGGAUGCCGUUCAUCAGGGCGUUGUACUGCAGGCAUCGAGACUCAAGCACAAGGAAUGGUCAGACCAGAUGGAGAUAUUUGGUAAAUCGGAUGAUUCUGGGAGACUGCUGGUUUACAUGGAUCGAAUCAUGGAUCCGAUGAAUAUGGGCGCGGUUAUACGCACCUGUGUAUUCCUGGGCGUCGAUGCCAUACUCGUUCCCAAGAUGGAGUCUUGCGCUUUGAGCACAACGGUCUCAAAAGCCUCGAGUGGGGCUCUGGAAUGCGCAACCAUCUGCACCGUGGAGAGUCCUCUCGAAUUCAUGACUUUCGUCAAGAAACUCAAUUGGGACAUCGUAGGAUCUGAUUCUGAUUGUCAGCCGUAUAACGAGUUUGAGGUUACGCCAAGGAAUCGUCUGUUGAUCCUCGGAAACGAGGGUCACGGCGUCAAUCAGGAUCUUGUCGAGUUUUUCACGGAGACGGUUUCCGUGCCUGGCGUAACGAAUCGUGUCGGGUCCCUCAAUGUGUCUGUCACGUCGGGGAUCCUCCUAUCUCAUUUCACUAAAUUAAAGCAGAAAAAGUGAGAUGAGCUCCGAGAAUCAGCUCCUACGGGAGCUGCUGCGAUAGAGGACGAUUGUACAUGAGGUUGUGUCGAGGGUCUGGACCAAGUCCGAAUGUUGUAAAAUAAAA